AUGUAUCGCCUCUCCAUCCCGCUCGAAGAGAUCGAGAAGGAUCCCAAAGGGAAAGACUCCAGCGAUGCCAUCCAAACCCGUGGAAACAAUGGACCGUCUUUAUUUGCCCAGCCGGAGUUGCUGCUAGUAUGCAGUGGUAAAUUGAAGACUGGCGGAAAUGGAACGCUUCUCAUUUUCUGCUUCAUGUUCACCGGGCUCGAGGAUGAUAGUUCUCAAAGACUCACUUCGGCCGAAAUCAGGGUCGAGUUCAGCGACGAGCAGUCACGAAUUGCCUAUGAUCCACAAGUGGUCUCUGUUUGGCCUGCCAGGCAACAAAGAUUUGACAUUGUCACGGAAAACCCCGACAUUCGACGCGAAGGUAACAUGGCCCUCAGGACCGAAGGGCUACCUUUCCAAUUUGAAGCGGGAAGGCAGUGGAUGGUGUCGGCUACAUCAAUGGCAAGUUAUUGCACCAAGCUAAGUGCUACUAGAUUCAAUACUAGACUCAGCAUGGAUGGCACAUGGAACAGCGUUAUAUGGAAGCUUAAUGAGCACUCUUUAAAGAAACAAGGAGUGCCCCAUCUCUUACAGACAGCCGUGAUAGUGCGCCGGAGAGGCGACGGCAGGUUUGUGAUGAAAAUAAAGAUCGAAACAACAACAAAUCUGCAAGCUGGGACGAUAAACAUGAUGGAGAAGCUGGUUGGCACAGGGCAGUCAGAACUUGUUGACCCGGUCAAUAUUGAUUCAAAAUUAUUCAUGAUCAAAGAGAUUGAUAUCCCAGAGCUGGCAGACAUGAGAAGUAAGGGGGAGAUAAUGUUGGACGAUCUUAAGUUGGAAAAUUACGUCGGUCUCAUGCAUAAGGAGAACAAAGAAGGCAUAAGGUAG